AAUAACUCCAGCCCCUCCCCUCAUCCUCAACUGCCAGCCUCAAUAUUGGACAGUAUACUCACAGUAUACUCCAAACAAUACAGAAUUUUUCUGUCGUUUGAUAUUCGCCGCAUCGCUUCAUCCCAUCCAGAACAAUGCGUGAGUGUAUCUCAAUCCACGUUGGUCAGGCUGGUGUCCAGAUUGGCAAUGCCUGUUGGGAGCUGUAUUGUCUUGAGCAUGGUAUUCAGCCUGAUGGGCAGAUGCCCAGUGACAAGACCAUUGGUGGAGGUGAUGAUUCCUUCAACACCUUCUUCAGUGAGACUGGAGCUGGAAAGCACGUCCCUAGAGCUGUGUUUGUAGACCUGGAGCCCACUGUCAUUGAUGAGGUGCGCACUGGGACUUACCGGCAGCUAUUCCACCCAGAGCAGCUUAUUACAGGAAAGGAGGAUGCUGCCAAUAACUAUGCCCGUGGUCACUACACUAUUGGCAAAGAAAUCAUUGAUCUGGUUCUGGACAGGAUUCGUAAGUUGGCUGAUCAGUGCACAGGCCUCCAGGGUUUCUUGGUCUUCCACAGCUUUGGUGGUGGAACGGGCUCUGGCUUUACCUCUCUGCUGAUGGAGCGCCUGUCUGUCGACUAUGGCAAGAAGUCCAAGCUGGAGUUCUCCAUCUACCCCGCUCCUCAGGUCUCCACCGCUGUGGUAGAGCCCUACAACUCCAUCUUGACCACCCACACCACCCUAGAGCACUCUGACUGUGCCUUCAUGGUAGACAAUGAGGCCAUUUAUGAUAUUUGUCGUAGGAACCUCGAUAUUGAGCGUCCUACUUACACCAACCUCAACAGGCUCAUUAGUCAGAUUGUGUCCUCCAUCACAGCCUCCCUCAGGUUUGAUGGUGCCCUCAAUGUCGAUCUUACUGAGUUCCAGACCAACUUGGUGCCCUAUCCUCGUAUCCACUUCCCUCUUGCUACCUACGCCCCAGUGAUCUCAGCAGAGAAGGCUUACCAUGAGCAGCUUUCUGUGGCUGAAAUCACUAAUGCUUGCUUUGAGCCAGCCAAUCAGAUGGUGAAAUGUGACCCACGCCACGGCAAGUACAUGGCUUGCUGCCUACUGUACCGUGGUGACGUAGUGCCCAAAGAUGUUAACGCUGCAAUUGCCACCAUCAAGACCAAGCGCACCAUCCAGUUUGUGGACUGGUGCCCCACUGGUUUCAAAGUUGGCAUCAACUACCAGCCCCCCACUGUGGUUCCAGGUGGAGAUCUGGCUAAGGUGCAGAGGGCUGUGUGCAUGCUGAGCAACACUACAGCUAUUGCUGAGGCCUGGGCACGUCUUGAUCAUAAGUUUGAUCUUAUGUAUGCCAAGCGUGCAUUUGUGCACUGGUAUGUGGGUGAGGGUAUGGAGGAGGGUGAGUUCUCAGAGGCCAGAGAGGACAUGGCCGCCCUGGAGAAAGAUUAUGAGGAAGUUGGAGUUGACUCCAUCGAGGGUGAAGGAGAGGAGGAGGGUGAGGAAUAUUAAUAUGCUCACUAAAUGUCUAAAACUGAAAACAGUAGACCGUUAAUUUACACACGAUAUACAUGAGGUAUCAAGUGUAAAGUCUACUCCUAAAUGUUAGAGACACAUUCUUGAUCAGUUGUUGUUGCAUUGUGAUGGCCAGUAUGAAUAUUAUAUGUGGAAUUUCCUUGCCAAAUUUGGAAAUGUGACUGAAUAAAUGGAUGGUGGUGUUCAAAAAUGAA